AUGUCCUGCGCCACCAGUGGCAAAUUGGCAUCCUGGCUCUCUCCAUCCAGCGCCUCCAGCAGUGAAUCAGCCUCCUCGCUCUCUCUGUCCAGUGCCCCCAGCGGCGGAUCAGCCUCCUCGCUCUCUCCGUCCAGUGCCCCCAGCGGCGGAUCAGCCUCCUCGCUCUCUCCGUCCAGUGCCCCCAGUGGCGGAUCAGCCUCCUCACUCUCACCGUCCAGCGGCCCCAGCAGUGAAUCAGCCUCCUCGCCCUCUCUGUCCAGCGCCACCAGCGGUGGAUCAGCAACCUCGCUCUCUUCGUCCAGCGCCCCCAGUGGCCGAUCAGCCACUUCGCUCUCUCUGUCCAUUGCCCCCCGCGGUGGAUCAGCCUCCUCGCUCUCUCCGUCUAGCCGCACCGUGCUGUGGAUCAGCCUCCUCGCUCUCUCCGUCCAGCGGCCCGAGCGGCGGAUCAGCCUCUUCGCUCUCCCCGUCCAGCGCCUCCAGUGGUGGAUCUACCUCCUCGCUCUCUCUCUGUCCAGCGCCCCCAGUGGCGGAUCUGCCUCCUCGCUCUCUCCGUCCAGCGCCCCAAGCGGCGGAUCAGCCUCUUCGCUCUCUCCGUCCAGCGCCCCGAGUGGUGGAUCAGCCUCUUCGCUCUCUCUGUCCAGUGCCCCCAGCAGUGGAUCAGCCUCUUCGCUCUCUCCGUCCAGCGCCCCCAGCGGUGGAUCAACCUCCUCGCUCUCUCCGUCCAGCGCCCCCAGCGUUCGAUCAGCCUCUUCGCUCUCUCCGUCCAGCGCCCCCAGCGGCGGAUCAGCCUCUUCGCUCUCUCUGUCCAGUGCCCCCAGCAGCGGAUCAGCCUCCUCGCUCUCACCGUCCAGCGCCCCCAGCAGUGAAUCAGCCUCCUCGCCCUCUCCGUCCAGCGCCCCCAGCGGCGGAUCAGCCUCUUCGCUCUCUCCGUCCAGCGCCCCCAGUGGUGGAUCAGCCUCCUCGCUCUCUCCAUCUAGCACCCCCAGCGGUGGAUCAGCAACCUCGCUCUCUCCGUCCAGUGCCCCCAGUGGCCGAUCAGCCACUUCGCUCUCUCUGUCCAGUGCCCCCCGCGGUGGAUCAGCCUCCUCGCUCUCUCCCGCCCCCAGCGGUGGAUCAGCCUCCUCGCUCACUCCGUCCAGCGCCCGCAGCGGCGGAUCAGCCUCCUCGCUCUCUCCGUCCAGCGUCCCCAGCGUUGCAUCAGCCUCCUCGCUCUCUCGGUCCAGCGCACCCCGCGGUGGAUCAGCCUUCUUGAUCUCUCUGUCCAGCGCCCCCAGCAGCGGAUCAGCCUCCUCGCUCUCACCGUCCAGCGCCCCCAGCAGUGAAUCAGCCUCCUCGCCCUCUCCGGUCAGCGCCCCCAGCGGCGGAUCAGCCUCUUCGCUCUCUCCGUCCAGCGCCCCCAGUGGUGGAUCAGCCUCCUCGCUCUCUCCAUCUAGCGCCCCCAGUGGUGGAUCAGCAACCUCGCUCUCUCCGUCCAGCGCCCCCAGUGGCCGAUCAGCCACUUCGCUCUUUCUGUCCAGUGCCCCCCGCGGUGGAUCAGCCUCCUCGCUCUCUCCCGCCCCCAGCGGUGGAUCAGCCUCCUCGCUCACUCCAUCCAGUGCCCGCAGCGGCGGAUCAGCCUCCUCGCUCUCUCAGUCCUGCGCCCCCAGUGUUGGAUCAGCCUCCUCGCUCUCUCGGUCCAGCGCACCCCGCGGUGGAUCAGCCUUCUUGAUCUCUCUGUCCAGCGCCCCCAGCAGCGGAUCAGCCUCCUCGCUCUCACCGUCCAGCGCCCCCAGCAGUGAAUCAGCCUCCUCGCCCUCUCCAUCCAGCGCCCCCAGGGGUGGAUCAUGCCCCCCACGGUGGAUCAGCCUCCUCGCUCUCUCCGUCCAACGCCCUAAGCGGUGGAUGAGCCUCCUUGCUCUCUCCGUCCAGCGCACCCUGCUGUGGAUCAGCCUCCUCGCUCUCUCCGUCCAGCGCACCGAGCGGCGGAUCAGCCUCUUCGCUCUCUCCGUCCAGCGCCUCCAGUGGUGGAUCUGCCUCCUCGCUCUCUCUCUGUCCAGCGCCCCCAGUGGCAGAUCUGCCUCCUCGCUCUCUCCGUCCAGCGCCACCAGCGGCGGAUCAGCCUCCUCGCCCUCUGCAAAUGUAGAUGUAGAUGCGUCCAGCGCCCCCAGCAGCGGAUCAGCCUCUUCGCUCUCUCCGUCCAGCGCCCCCAGCAGCGGAUCAGCCUCUUCGCUCUCUCCGUCCAGCGCCCCCAGCGGUGGAUCAACCUCCUCGCUCUCUCCGUCCAGCGCCCACAGCCGCCCCCAGCAGCGGAUCAGCCUCCUCGCUCUUACCGUCCAGCGCCCCCAGCAGUGA